CCCUUUUAAAAAAAACAGAAAGAUUUAGGAUUUUAAUGCACACAAUAACGAUUUGCUGCUCUUUUUCUGUCAGACGUAAUAUUUUACUAACCCAUCCUUGUUCAUAGUCUAAUAAGAAGGAGAGAAAAUGUCUUCGCCGGCGCAGGAAAGGAGGACCGGCGUCCAGCUGCUGAGCGCGGCGAUGCUGCUGCUGUUCUCCGGUUGUUCAAGCAUGGAUGUAAUCAUGCCCAAUAGCAUCAAUGCACUGAAUGGAACAACUAUCAAAAUCCCCUGCACAUUUACCUCCUGUUAUAAGAUCGAUCCCAACAUGUUUGUGAUGAACUGGACCUACCAAGAAACGCUGAAUGACACAGAAGAAAUGAUCAUGGCGUACCAUAAGAAACGAGGGAUGGUGCCUCUGCGCUCGGACCGGUUUGGGGAGAGGGUCAUGUUUGCCGGGAACCUGGAUAAGAACGACCUGUCAAUCACUCUGUCCAAUGUUCAGAUUGAGGAUGAGGGGAUCUACAACUGCAAUGUGAGGAACCCCCCCGACCGCAUCACAGGUCAACAUGGCAUACAGCUCAAUGUCGUCACCGAACUUCCGCCUCCGAGGGAUUCGACCAUUGCAGUUGCGAUCGGGGCGUCAGUGGGCGGAGCUUUAGCUCUGCUGAUCCUUUCCAUGCUAGUGGUGAAAUGUCUCCGUCGACACCGAAAAAAGGAACUGAUUUCAGAGGAGAAGAUGGAGGAGGAGGAAAAACUGGACGCUGAGGUUGUUGCAGAAGAGGGGAACAAACAACCAUAGCUGGGUCAUCUGAUAGAACCAGCGGCCUGUGAAGCCCCCCCCCACUCUGGCAUAAGAACUCCCUGCCUGAAGACCUAUAGUGAGCACUUCUUGAAUCAUUGUCCACUGAUACUUCCAUUCCCUUUGCAUGCGUGUGCUUGGGUGUGCGUGGCUGUUUCUAUGCGCCUGUGUGAGAUGUGUCUUUUUCCUCGAAAAAAGCCAGGGAACAUUUUUCUGCAACUUUCCUGCUCAACACAUAUUCCUUUUUUUAUACGUAGCCACAAGUCAAUACCAGUGGCUAUUUGUUCUGGUUUAAGAAUCGAGUGUCUUUCAACACAGCCUUAAAAACACGUCUUCAUAUUGGCACCAAGUAUUAAUUUAAAUUCACAGUUGCAGUUAUACAGAGAGAGAGAAUCAAUCCUCAGACUUGCGUGGAUGUUUUUCUCGCAAAAAAACACCGCCCUGCAUGUUCAGUAGAAUGUGAUUAUUUACUCUGCUCAGGAGUCGUUUUUCACAGCAGACAUUUUGACUUUUCAAAUCAGGAAAAAGCACCGCUGUAACUAACAACAUAGAUGCCGCUGUUCUAUUUGAGUGUAGUGACGGCGGUUUUCUGUGUAUUCUCAGGCUGUUGGGAAUACAGACCUUUGACAUUGCAAUUGUCAAUGGUGCGCCAAAAAUAAAAUAACAAACAAUUUAAUGUCUAUUGUGUUUGCCAGGCUCAGGUUGUUUGACAACAUCAUCAAAUGCAAAAUACAGAGAAUUAAAACCCUUGUUUUUUCAAUGUCAUGGCUGAAUAAUGUAAGACUCCGAAGCUCAACUUAAGUAAAGUAAACUUUUUCUUUGGUCUGCCCAUGUUUUCUGUAACUCGUGAGUCAACGUGAGUCAUCAGUGGCAAAAACACACACUGUAUUGCACGUGAUUUGAUUGAGUUGUGCUCUUCUUCUUCAAAUGCUUUACCGUAUAAACAAUGUUACUGGGUGAAAAGGACGUCGUUAUGGAUUAAAUUAAGUUGAUUACGGUUGAUACAUGCCAGUAUUUAUGUCAGAAACAUAUCAAAGACUAUUCCAUGUGGAAAAUCUCUGCAAACACAAUCACCUAAUUUGCACGAGUGACAACAUUAAAUAAUUAAUAAUGGGGGGAACUUAAUAAAACAGCCACAAGUUGUAUAGUUCAUCCUCAUCCUUGACAAAUAUUGCACGCACAGUAGCACAGGGGAUAAAACCAAAUGAUCCAAAGUAGGACACAAGAUGUUUGUGGUCACGACUGACAGAAAGGUGCUGAAUUGCAAAUAGGUAGAAUCAUCUACUUGGUCAACUGCAUCAUGUACAGCUUACAAUACUGCCACGACUGCAUGUCCAACAGUGCAUAUCAACAAAGCAUAAAUAGCAAGAGAUGCAAUCAUGUUCUGUGUAAUUGCUCGAUUACGUUUAUGAAGCCGCAGCAAUGUGAGUCGGUCAAAGCAUGUUUGAUCUUUCGCAUAAGUAGCAAUCAGGUGGCGCUAUUUAUCAAAUAUAACAGCAGAAUUCUAUUUGGAUUUCAUUUUUCUUAAUGCCUAUAUAUUUUUAGGUUGGCUUUUUUCAAUGUAUAAUGUCUCACAGGUAUUUGGUUGCCCAUGUAUGAGAUUAAUCUGCCCUGUAAAUGUAUGUUUUAAAAAAGAUCUGCUUCCAUUGUAGCUCCCAACUGGAGCCUGGUUUAUAGAGAUAAAAUGUAAACUGAGCCAUUGUAUCUCAAUCCAAACUCAUUUAAAAAAAAAAAAAGAUUGUUAAAUACUGCCUUGAUCUCAUGAGUGGUGUAUCAAAGAUGUGUGUAUUUGUUUUAACCCCCAACACAUUUAUACCAAUUCUAAUAUAAUCAGUUGAAUUAGUGGAGGGCACGCGGAUCGGCAGAGACCAGGGAAGCCACUUUGACGAGGUGUUAUAUGGGAAAGUGGGACUGUUGUAGAAACGUGGCAUGAUGAUUGUAUGGUUCAAUGGCAAAUAUUUGUUUGUGUAUCUUUUCUAUCACGUCUUUCAUCGGGGCACCUUAAAUGUAAAAGAAAUAUAUGUAUCUUGGUACGAUUAAUAUUAACGUCGACUUUUACAUGUUGCAGCAUGUGAGCUUUGUUGUACUCUGAUGUUGUGAUGGGAGGCCGGCUUUCACAGGGUGAUGUCUUUAUGAUAUCUGUAAUGUCUCAUGCUGGUUAGGGAGGGGUUGGCUCUUCCAAAUCUGGAGGCUUGUUCAUUUUUUGUUUUAGAUAUUAUUUAAAAAAAAACUGUGUGUAAGCCUUUGUUAAGGCCUAUAACCUAAUGAGGGUAUUUGUGGUUUGAUUUGUUCAUGAUUUAAUAAUUAUAGGGGAUGUAUGUGUUUGAUGAACAUGGUCAUUUACCACAACAACGCUGUAAAUAACAAAAAAGGAUGGCGAUGUGUUGAAAUAGUCACAUUUCCUGGGACACGGCUGUCCAAACGGGUUCAAACCCGUUUAAGUCACAGGGUUUGAGUGGUUGACCCGUGAGGUGAUGAUAAUAUUAUGUGGGGCCAACUGACAGCAGUUUUAACAAGGGAGGUUUUGUCCGCAAUAUGAAGUCAGAUAGAUUACCUUUAUAUUGUACAUACUUCAUUUUUCAAUCAGAAAAAAAUAAAAAGAAUAGUACUGUAUGCUGGAGUAGCAUUGUGCAUCACUGUUUACUAUCUCUGACUAUGGGUUUUCCCGCCGUAGUUGCUCUUGUACCACUUUAAAUGUUAGUGAACACCAAAAUAAUGCUUGCACUUUGCUGCCUUUGACCAUGCAGCUGUCAUCACAUGGUGUAUUUUGAAUAAAGAUGUUGAAAGGAAAA